AUGGUAAACUAUCUGGUGAAGCCAAUAAAACAGAGUAUUCGUUACUCAUUUCGUUUCCCUAAGAUUGUUCAAGAGCUCCACGAACAACAGAAGAAUUUAAAGAGAGAACAAACUCGGGUUAAGGAAGACGUUAAGGAGGCUGAAUUGCAGAUUCAAACCCAAGUAAUUGAGGACUAUGUAGAUGAAUGGUUGACAAAUGCAGAAAAUGCCUUGAACGAUGUACAAAGUUUGGUCCAUAGAGUUGAAGAAAAUAAAAGAUGCUUUGGUUUGUGUCCUACUUGGUGUUGGCGAUAUCGAUUAAGCAAGGAGAUUGAGAACAAGAUAGUGUAUAUCAGUAAACUUGUAGAAGACUCCCAUUUCAAACGAAUCGUCCAUCGUGCGGAGCUUCCUGGCUUAGAAUUCUUCACAUCUAAACAUAUUUUGGCUUCCAAAUCUUCAACUGCUGCAUUCAACAAGAUCAUGGAAGCAUUGAAGGAUGAUAAAGUCAACAUGAUUGGAGUAUGGGGGAUGGGAGGGGUGGGAAAAACCACCUUAGUAAUAGAAGUUGGCAAAAAAACCAAAGAAUUACGAUGUUUCCAUAAAGUUAUUGAAGUUGUUGUCUCCCAAACUUCUAUCAUUGAAAAUAUUCAGCAUAAAAUAGCAGACUUCUUGAACUUAAAGUUUGAGAAGACAACUAAAGAAGGAAAAGCAGAGGAAUUAUGGCUUCGAUUGAAAAAAGAAGAAAAGGUCCUCAUUAUCCUUGAUGAUAUGUGGAAUGAGGUUCAGUUAAAUGAGAUAGGCCUUCCACUAAAUGAAAAUGGGAAUGGAUGUAAAAUCAUUUUGACAACACGGCGCAUGACGGUAUGCGAAUCUAUGGAGUGUCAAGUAAUUGUUCCAGUUGAUGUUUUGGAUAAUGAUGAAGCAUGGACACUAUUCAGAAUGAAAGCUUACCUUGAUGAAAGAGUUUCAAGGGAUAUUAUUGAGACAGCUAAGGAAGUUGCAAAAGAAUGCAAGGGUUUACCUGUAGCGAUUGUAACGCUAGCAAAGGCUUUAAAAGGUACCAAGACUGUUAAAGGAUGGGAAGUAGCUCGCAAAAAGCUUGAAAGAAGUAGAUUAAUGGAAGUCGGUAACAUUGAAGAAGAAGAAGAAGAAGAAAAUGCCUACUUGUGUAUCAAGAUGAGUUACGAAUACUUGAAGAAGGAGACGACCAGGAGAUGCUUCUUAUUGUGUGCUUUAUAUCCAGAGGAUCACUCAAUUGACGUGAAACAUUUAGUGAGAUAUGCUUGGGGUUUGGAGUUAUUUGGCAAGGCUGACUCAAUUGAAGAAGUGAGGAUUCAAGUUUUGGAAGCCAUUGAUUACCUCAAAGAUUCUUGCUUGCUGUUAAAAGAUGAAGAUGUUGAAAGGUAUGAUCCUUAA